UAAGUUCAUAAAAAGGAAAAUGUUUCAUUAUCCUAUGCAAUUUUCUUGCCCCUGGAAAUAUAAAAAAAUGGAUGUCUCUUGAUUAUUGGAGUUAUAUACUUUUGUGGAAGUUAGUUAUACUAAGAAUUUCUUUAGCCUUUUUAGCCUUUGUGGAACAAAGAUCUAAUAUCAACAAGAGUUGUGUUUUGUUGUAUCUCUUUCCUCAAUCAGCUUAUCAUGUUUUGAUAAUAUUUUUGAAUUUAGAUAACAAGUCAAAUAUGAUAGAGAUUAGUUUAAACAGAGUGACAUGGACAGUGAGGACUCAUAUAGCUGAUUCCAAAUUGCUUGGAAUUCAGGUGUAGUAGUAGUCAGUUGCGUAACCACAUAAAGUGAAGGGUGGUAUAUAGAAAUAUAUUGUGUAUAUAGGCCAAAAUUUAUUUUUAUACAUAUAUAUAUUAAACCUUGAACACCCUUAGAGAAAUUCUUCACUUUGCCACUGACUAGUAGUUGCUGUUGUAGUAUAAAAUAACUCAUAUUUAGUCAGUAGACUUAAGUUGAUAGAGUUAUGGAUGGUAGAAAAAUAAUUCUUUACUUUGCGACCAACUCUUGUGAAAGUUGGAUUUGUUAAAUACUUAUCUCAGGCUCUCAAUGACUAUGUUAGCUUAUACAUGUUGUUGUUAAGUUGGAUUUGUUAAACACUUAUCUCAGUCUCUCAAUGACUAUGUUAGCUUAUACAUGGUGUUGUAGACCUUUGGAAAGUGAUCCUAAAUUGGUACAUCUUAGUGUUAAGUCUCACUUAUAUGUGUGCGUGUCAUAAUCCCUUGUUCUUUCUUGUUCUUUGUUAUACUAAGAUUUCAUAAUAUUUUGUAUUUUCUGAUGGUUUGAGUUGUACUUCUUGCUGUUUCAUUGAGUUCUAAUAUGUUGCAACUUAAACAACAAAGUGAACAAAAUAGAUAGUUGAUCACAUUUUACUGAGGAAGUGAAGCGAGAUCAAUGCAUUAAAAUUGAAGGCAAAAGAGACAACUGAAUUAUAUGACAAUGUUAAAUUGUUUCAAUUGAUCAUAAGACAGUGUAAGUUCCUAAAUUCCUAAUACUUACCCAAAGAUGCAAACACCAAGAUUCAAUCUUGAAGUUGAGGCCUUGUUUGAAGAUGAUUCUGAUAUUACUAGCCAAGUAGCUUCUAACAUAUGUACCGACGAAACGUUCACCGAUACUUCCAAGAACAGAGUUAUAGAUUUCACUCAGUUAAGUUCAGAACCUGUGUCACUUGACUUGUCUCUUAGCCAGGAUUCGAUAGGCGGUUUUUCAGUAUCAAGCACAAGUGAAAGCAGCAAUGAACUUCCAACUACACAAACUACAGUGUCAGGACCAGGAUUUCAACGAGUUUUUAAUUGCAAUUUCUGUCAAAGAAAAUUCUAUAGUUCACAGGCACUUGGUGGACACCAGAAUGCACAUAAAAGAGAACGAACACUAGCGAAACGUGCUAUGAGAAUGAGCGUUUUCUCAGAAAGGUAUACUAAUUUGGCGUCUUUGCCGUUGCACGGAUCUACAAUAAGGUCUUUAGGGAUCAAAGCCCAUUCUUCACUACACCAGGGGCCGAUGAGGCCACUCGAUUUUAAAACAAGCUCGAGAUUUGAGUAUGGUAAUCGCCAGAGUCCACCAUUGUACAUGGAAAAUGAUGAGGCUGAUCAAUUACUAUGGCCUGGCAGUUUUCGUCAAGUGACAAAUCCCGGUAUCUCUCAUGCUAAUUUUGCUCUUGCUGGAUGUUCAAAUGUCACAUUGACUCCAUAUGUUGAAAAAGAUGAACCAAUUGCACCAGAUCUCACCCUGAGGCUUUGAGAAGUUCAUUUAGUUUUCUUGCUUUAUCUGUACAGUAAAAUAUAUUGUCCUAAGGGUGGAUACUGAGAAAUAGAACUUUUCCAAUGCCACAAUGCUUGCUCAGGCUAGUGUGAUUAGGACAUUAGAAGAUUGUUUUACAAUUUGAAUGUAUUAGUUAUGACUUGUAAUGGUUAUCUGACUUGGUAUUCGCUUCUUAUAAGAUUGCAUUACUUUUAAGUAUCGACGAUAUAA